AAAUAACUCGUCAUAAAUAUAAAUAAUACCGGAAAUACAUUGGAACCUUAAUUUAUGAUCAGCGCUUGAUUUACUAUAAGCGCAACUGUAUAAUUUCAAUGGGUUACGAUUCGAUUUGGUGGAGGAGUUAUUUCCAGUAAAACCAAAUGUAAUGAAAGCGUUGAUUUAUUCCUUGCUUGCGUACAUUUUGUUGGACGCAAAUGUCCUGGCAGUUUUGCUGGUUAAAGACCUCUCAUCAGGAAUUGUUGACGAGUUUGAGGAUUCGGAAGCACUUUUUGGUGGAGCAGUUUCUCAGGAGUCCUUAAUACUGGUUGGCUUGGUUUAGUUCUUUCCACAUUUGCAGGGACGAAUUUAUGCAUCCAAACCACUAGAAGGCUGUGUGGACCAAAUUCCCAAACCUAAAGAUGAUCACAAUUCAACUCUUCCUUACAUCUCACUCAUCAAACGUGGAGACUGCUCUUUUGUAGAUAAGGCUUUAGCGGCCGAAAGAGGUGGAUAUAUUGCAACUGUUAUUUUCAAUGAUGUGGACGACAGUACUUUCCCAAUGGGCUACAAUUCGUCCACAAAUGUCAGUAUUCCUGUCGUAAUGGUUGGUUUGUCUGACGGCGAGCUCCUACUAAAUAAGUACUGCGUGCCACAUUCGUAUUUUUUAUGUAUUUGCAGUUAUUUUGUUGAAAUACUACCUGCUCAUCGCCGAAGUAUCGUGUUGUAUCUUAUUCCACUCAUAACAUGUCUGCUCAUAUCUGUAGUCGCAUUGAGUGUGGGAUAUGGGAUUCGGCUUUUGAAUCGAUACCGGAGAAGAUAUCGUUAUUGCUUACCAGUAAAAGAGUUACGUAAAAUACCUGAAACUUUAUUUGUUAAAGACUCCAAUGAAUUUGAAACUUGUGCAAUUUGUUUAGAAGAUUAUAAAGAUGGUGAUAAAUUGAGAGUAUUACCAUGUGGGCAUGCUUACCACAGCAAAUGUGUAGAUCCGUGGCUUUUAAAACGUCGUGGUUUUUGUCCUAUAUGUAAGAAGAAAGUUCACAAUCGUCCUAGAGUCUACAUUUCAACUUCUACAAGAUAUAGACGCGCUUCUGCAUAUGCCACUACAUCUGAAGCUCCACUUUUGGAUGAUUCGUCUUUCGAAGAAGAUUCUGAUUCAGAAGAUACUACUUCAUCACCUCAGUUAAGUUUCUACAGUGAGAACGUCCAUUCAGAUGAACAUACUCCGCUUAUUAAUGCUUCUGUUGAACAAUCAAGUGCUUCAUCACUUAGGCGAAUGAAGAUGACUACCUCAAUUCGUGAAACCUUGGAAAGCUUUCUGACAAAUAUAUCAAGUUCUUAUUCCAGAGGUCAUAAUUCAUCCGACUAUGAACAGGGAACUAAUAAUGUUAAUACAGCCGUGGAAUUACAACCUGAAUGUUCUCAGAUUGUCGCUGAAUCCCUCGUAAAAGGUAAACAGUGUAGUGAAAGUGACACUGAAUCUGGACUAAAUAAUGAAAUCAAUGAUAGUCGGUCACCUUCAGUAAUGAUUACUCAUGUUGAAGUGCAUACGGAUUGUGAUUUAUCAUGUAUGCACAAAUCUCAUGCUUAAGCAGUAUAUAUAUAUAUAUAUAUAUAUAUAUAUAUAUAUAUAUAUAUAUCCUGUUUUCAUUUGUUCGUCUAAACCAUUUUAUUUUUGCACAAUUCACAAUGAUGAAUAGUAAUAAAAUUGUGUUAUCAAAACCAAUAAGUUUCAUAUACUGGGCUAUUUUUUUCUCUCACUUAUUUUUAUUAUCCUUUUUUUUCUACUGAAAAUAAUAAAAAAAUUAAACCGUUAUCAGUUGAUUUCAUUCUCUUAUAUACGUUUGCAUAAUUAAUGAGUGAUGUGUAUAUUUUUAUCUCCUUUGUCGAUGGACUACUUGGUUAGUUUAAAUGGUUGAUUAAUCAGUUGAACAUUCAGACAAUUGCGUAACUAUUGUGUUUGUUUAUUUGUUUGGCUGUUUCAUCCUAUGAGAUUUAGAUUGUUAGCAUCAUCAUAAUUCAUUUUUUAUAAUUUUAUAUACACAUAUUUGGCCGUGUAUAAAUACGAUUUCACUGUACUGAAAUGUAUAGCCUGGUUUAAUUAACAUUAUUAUACGUUAAUUUCCUUACCGGUCAACUGAUUACAAAUUAGUCUAUUACUCAUAGAAUUAGAUAAUAUAUUAUUUUUUGAUCUCUUUUUAUCAUUUACCUUAUUUUUUACGAGCUUGUUUGAAAUAAAAUGGAGUAUUUUUAUCUAUAGAGUUGUGUUUGUUAUUCACUGACUGAAGACGAUAGUUGUUUGGACUAGAAAUUGCUUUAUAAUACUUUAGUAAUAUAUUUUGAAAUAAUCAAUUUAGAGAUUUCGCUAGUUGUAAUUUCGAGGCAACAGAUAAAAUAGUUCCAGUUUCGUAAUAUAUCUGCCACUUGUAGCACUAUGAAGAUCCAAAUAUAAUUGUUAUUAAUAAUCAACAGUCUCGUCAAUUGAUUUCUGUGCAUUCAGGUUCAAUUCUUAUUUACAUCAUACAACUGAGUAGGUAAUGGAUAGGGAUUCGUAAUUAUUUGCCAAUCAUCCAUUUGACUGUACUCACACACUUUCUUAGACAGCUACAUUUUUAUAAAAGAAUUGUCUGCAUUAGAGUAGUCUAGUUUUUACAACUAAAUAUCUGAUCAAAAUAAUUUUUAGUGGCGACAUAUAUCAAAUGUCACUUUGCGAUUAAGAAUUUCAUCAAACUUUGUCCUCAUAUCUCGAAGGAUUACCAGUUUUGAGAUUACUUCAAUGUUAUAUUUUCACUAAUAUAUUAGUGCUAACUAGUAUCCUAUAAUUAGAUUGCAGUACUAAGUUUAACUUCUUGCGAACCCAAAUUCAUCCGUAUUGUAAAUGCAACAACCGUAGUUGCUACCUUGAGGUGAUGGUCGGGCUAGCUUAUCGUGAUGACUCAACCUAGUUAUAUUGGCUGUAACACAUGCUCCUACAGGUCCUACCAUGCCAGGCAGAUUGGUUUGAGAAUGGUGAGACUAAAAUAAGCAACUAAAGGUUCGAGAGCAACGUCGUACUGCUGACUGUUGAGGGGUUCGACAGUGGUAAGAUGUUUCCCUCGAACAAGCAGCAUCUGCAGCGGAAGAACAGGGCUAAUCCUAGAAAUAUUACACCUCACCUUACCUCGGGUUUUGGUUUCCGGUGGUAAGUUUUAUUGAAGUGUGGACCUAGCACGUUAAAAAGGUCCAAAAAAUUUCAUGCGUAACUGGCUUCAAGCUGCUGUUCCUUAGGUUCUGUGGUCAUGCUCUCAGGUCGCCGUGACCACAACUAAUUCAGCUUUUUGUCAGAUCUUUGAAGAAGAAAUAUCCUUUCAUGACGUGACAAUCACUCAUACUUCUAUCAGCACCUGAGACCAUCUUUUUCACGACCAAAUCACUCAUUCGCUUCUUAAUAAUUCUUUCAUCCCAAUCACUAAUCCUUUUCGUAUAUCUUCAUCACACUCCACGAAUGCUAGUGCUUUGGAUCCAUGAAAUUUUAUUCCUGGUCUUCUGACAAAACAUCGUAAAGGCGUUUAGGCGGACCUUAUGGUGUUGCAGCUUAGUGAAAAAACUCCACAAUCGGCUCAGAAAUGGUCUGAAAAGAUCAUAUUUUCAUCAGCAAUCGUCGGAGAGGCUCGGUACAAGACUUUUUCAUUCUGGAGUACAUGUUAAGACUCGGAUCAUGCCACAGUUCGAGCAUUUAUUUGUCUGCAUCUUACUGGACAACAAGAAAAUCCCUUAUACCCCAAAUUAAUAACGAAAAUGUUAAAAAUACAUUUCAGAAGCAACUGUAGGAAUUAGUCGUCCAUGAAAAUAAUAUUCACCCCGAGGUAACUUAGCAUGGUAUCGAAAAGCCGUGAAAGCAUCAAUGGCAUCUACUCAUAAAUUAAACCAAACGGUUAAGUAAAAUCAGUGGAUUUCAUCGUGAUCUACAGAACUGAAAGAUGCUUGGGAACUCAUCCCAUCUGGCUCUUAACAUGAGGAGCGGAUGCAGCUUAAACAUGGGCUCAUAAAAACUUUACUUAAUAAUCGUAGGGAUUGGUAAGUUAAGAAUUGAGAAAUGGUGAAGACAAUGAUGAUUAGUAACAGUAAACAACUGAUUAGUCUGAUCAAGGAAACGGGUAUUAAAAUUCGAUUGUUAGUGAAAGUAUCUCAGUUAUCCGCUAUCUCUAAGCAACCUUAAUGGCAAAAUGAUGUAAGUCCCCUAACUCUUGGCGAAAUUGAAAAGGCUAUAAGUAAUCUAAAGCGAGGUAGAGCAGACUCUGGAACAUAAACAUACUUUUGAUAUCCGAUAGUAGUUUUAUUCUUUAUCUUUAGAGCACCAUUCGACUCGUGAGGUUAUGUGGCAGUCAGUCACUGGAAGACGUACCAACGAAGUACAUUAACGUUGUACAUGCCCUCUACUCGAACACUAAUAGUCGAGUAAGAGCUUAUGGCAAACUGUGGUCGGAAUUAGUUAUUUCAAGUGUUCGUUAGAGUUCUUCACUUUGCCCAUUUUUAUUUAACUUGAUCAUAGAAAUGCUAUGCGAGAUAACACUUUCAUCGUCUGACUCAUCAAAGAUUUAUCAUCUACCAAAAGAUUCACUUGUUGACUUAGAUGAUAUAGUUCUGUUUGUUGAAGACGCUGACAAAAUGCAGUCUCUUGAUUAACUUAAGCAACAAAGCAAGCAUGUUUUUGAUGCAUUUGUCUCCCUCCAAAUUUAAAAUGUUACUUCAGAGUUGACUUACGUCAGUGCCUGAAUUAGUGACAAUGAAUGAAGUAGUUGAACUCACCGACUGCCUCACUUAUCUUAAGAUUCUCAUCAGUCCUGAAGGUCUGGCGUUUGAUGAAAUCUCCGCACGGGUUCAGAAAGCUCGACUGGCUUUUACCAACCUACUUACGGGGUAUAUCAGAUAUCAGUCUACCAACCAAAGGAAGAGAUUGUUGUGCAGAAGUCCGUUCUACUCCAUGGGUGUGGAACAUGGUCAUCAAGAAUGGGCGAUUUUCGGGGAUUCUUCGAAGCAGUGCUCAUGUGUUUUGGGACCACGGAGUUGGUAAUCCCCAAGUUAAGAAAAUGGUACUAAGUAUGGCAAAUCAAUUGAUGAGGUAGUAAAUCUUCAUCGAUUAAUGUGGUUGGGAAAUUUAUUACGUAUGCCCAACCACCGCGUACCUCGAGGAGCGGUGUUAUCUGGUUUAGAAGUAGAGUGGAAGAAAGCUAGGGUUCCGAAUCAAAGCAUAACAUCAGUCGAGAAAAUCACUGACAAUCGGAAUAUCCCAUGAUAAGUUGUGUAGACUACAUGGCUUAGGUCUACAUGGUUACUAUUUGGAAUUUUUAUCGUGCAUAUUUCGCUCACUGGUACAUCCCAUAUGUUUAGUUUGCCUAUAUAUAUAUUGUUGAAUAGAAAGUCUCCCCAAAACUGCUUCCACGAGUUACUGUUGAGAAGUUAUCAUCUGCUGCUGUAAUGGUGACUGCAAUUUUUCCGAAGAGAGUGCCAUUUUCACUGCUAGCAUUAUUGUUUUUGCUAUGUCAAUUGUGAUGACUUGUGCCACUGAAAAAAUUGCCAAUUAGAAUACUGACUUAUACGACCUAGUUCCCGUGUUAAAACAUUGAUAUCUCAACCGUACUAUCAGUCUUGCGUCAACUCUGAAUCCUCAUUGGUCCUCAAUAUUGUAGUUUCUCACCUAGCCCUACCCGUUGAGACCAGAGAACAAUAUUCUCCUCUACUAUAUGGAUAAUCCACAUAGUUUAUAUACAGGCAGACUAGAUCUCAUAACACCUCGAAACGAAAAAUGACAGUUAUACCAGAUCAAGCCAAAAGUGGCUGUGAAUAUGAGAGACGAUAACUAAUAGGUCGUGAAUAAACUUAAAACAAUAAAUCAUAUAAUUUUACCUAAUAGGUCAAAUGAAGACAUAUGGUAAAAAAAAAUGUAAAUGUAUACAAUCUAGUUACCUUCAAAGAAUAUAUAUAAAAGUCCAUAAACAAUUCCGGAUGCAACCUUUCAUUUAAUCUUUUACGGAUACAACUAUUAUCGCCCAUACUUUUACUAUCUCUACUACUCUGGGAUUUUACCUGACCAUGUCAUCUCUCUUUGCUAAUGGGGUUAUCAGACAGAAGCUCAUUAAUGACGUUAGGUGCGUGAUAAAUCUUCUCAACAAGGAAAAAAACAUCGAUAGGUCCUGGGUUCAAAUCUCGCGAGGCGGGACCAGGGAUGCGCACUACUGAGUCCCACAAUAGGACGAAAAGGCUAUUCAGUGCUUUCACGUUUUCCAUGAUAGUCUAACUUUAAGUGACUAGUAGAUCGAAAUAUGUAUAAAGUGUAUAAGCUGAAAAUGCAUAAAAAUCCACAAAGCACUGGCUGUAUUGUUUUAUAGAAUGAACAGAAAUAUGUGGCUGUACGAUUAGUAGAUUUUGGUAAAUUGAGUAAAUUAUUUAGUCGAAUUUUAUAUAGUUGUCUUAAGACGAUAUUAUGACUUCUCGUUCUUUGGACUCAUACAAUUUCUAAUGAUGACAUUGAUUCAAUUUAUAUUUCUGUUUUUAAUUUGAAAUCUAACACAUUUGUCUUAUUGUAGUGAGCGAGAACACCAGCGGGGACAACCAAAUGUAUUUGAACACAAAAUUACAGAACUUCUUAGUAAAAUCUGUGAACCAUACAGUUAACACCUCAUUUGCAAAAUGUCAAUCAAUCGCCUCAGACAUCAUUGUUCCUUCGUUUCCACACCAAUCAUUCUCCGUUCUAGUUCUCCCUUCUUCGAUCUUUUUAACCUUCUACCAUGGGGCAUUCCUUUUUCGAUUGAUGAUACGUACUACUUAUAUCUGUCGACAUCAGUAGCACACACCAUAUUAUGAAUAGAUAAUUAGAUAUAUUAUGCGCUCUGUAAAUGUUUUUACUGUUGAUUAAUUAUGUUAUUUGAUCCACUGUUCAAUUUGCCUGAUAUGACAUGUUUAACUGUAAUGACUAAAAUGAAGUUUUCUAUUUACGUUAAUAAACGUGAUCAAUACAUUUAUUCAGUCAUGUGGUAAUGAUAUUACUGAUAAUAUAAAGAUGAUAUUAUUUUCAUUGGUGUUCAAUAAAUAUUCAGGUAUUGGUAAUGUAUAUGUAUGCAUCCGAUGGAAUCAGCCGAAAUAUAAGUUAUAAAAUAAGGAAGAUUGGUUCAGGAAAGAGAUCUGUUUUCGGUGAAUUCGUUUGCAGAGCUGCACGAUCGCUAGUAUAUACAUAUUUUUUAAAAUGAUAAUAAUGGUGAUAAUAAAAUUUUGCUAAACAUGGUAAACAUAAGUUAGCAUUAAUGUUCAUUAACAGUAGACAUCUUUUUAUUAAGUGUUAACAUAGAAGUAGUAUGGGAUAACUGACACUUUCUUAAUUCCACACUUUUCAGAAGUCAAUAGAACAAUAUAUAAGAUUCAGUACUUUUAAUUCUCUCGAAGACCAAGAUACCAUUAAGCCAUUUAGUUUGAAUUACAUGAUAUGUGCAUCGAAUUUUAGUUAAUUUAUAAUACAAAGAGGUAGUUGUUCAAUAUCUUCUCUGAGGAAACAGUGAUUUCCGAUAUUCGGUAGAUCUCUAAUCCGUGACAAAAUGUGUUUUUGUUCUAAUAUAUAUAUAUUUCUACGCUAUGCAAAUGAAUAUCCAAAAUUGUCUAGAUGAAUAAUUUGGGAAUAUGAAUGGUCUGUACAUGUAAGUUAAAGGUCAUGGGUGAAUGAAUGCUGAUGACCGUAAAUAAGUAGUUUAUGAUGUUCCUAAACACAAAUUAGAUUCUGGUUCAUUUUCACAUGAAGAAAAAAAGGAGAUUAUCCCAAACGUCAUUUUAAAAUUGCAGUGUAGCUUUUGAAUCCAGUCAAAUUCAAUAUUUAGCUGCAUGUAUUUCAUGUAACACAUCGUUUUAUUUCAACUAGGUUUAAAGCCUC